UGAGAGGCUGCAGUAGAGACACGCAGAUCGACAGUCGGGGAUGAAGCCGCAGCUUUCGGGAAAAAGUUGCAUUUAUUGCAUGCAUAGCCUGGCCACGAGACAUAAGCUCUCACGAUGUUAAUGCACAUAGUUAUGUUUGCCGUUUUGGUUCUGAGCAUCAGACCUGCAGACGGUUUCCCCAAUUACAAAGAUGACUACAUGGACGAGGACCUGGCCACCUUUGACUAUUACAAAGGCACGGAUGAGUUUGAGGAGGGGAACAGGACGCAGGAGUGUGAGGAGUGUGUGCCGGAGCUGUGCCCGCUCCCGCUGGGCUGCAGAGCGGGGCUGGUGCAGGACAGCUGCGGCUGCUGCUCUCAGUGCGCCAACCUAGAGGGACAGACCUGUGAUCUCGGCCAGAGAAACGUCUAUUAUGGACUGUGCGGAGAGAACCUGGAGUGCAAAUGGGACCGGUCGGGUGGAGCGGACGUAGAGGAGCCAGAAGCUCAGUGUGUGUGUUUGUUCCAGAAACCUCUGUGUGGCUCAGACGGACAGACUUACAUGAAUGUCUGCAAAUAUAAAGAAGCGGCUUAUUCUAAUCCUGGACUCAAUGUGAGCGACGGGCCGUGCAGGACAG